AUGGCUUGUGUUCAGGCGGUGCAGCGUGCUACCAAUGUGGUAUUCCAAUCCCAUCAUGUAUCAAGAGAUAAGAGAGGCAAGGCUAUUGGUAGUAAGUCAGGGUUUAGAGGUUGUACCAUUUGGUUAACUGGUUUAUCUGGGGCUGGUAAAACUACCAUCUCCUUUGCUCUAGAAGAAUACCUAGUAUCCCAGGGUAUACCUGCUUAUAGUUUAGAUGGUGAUAAUGUACGAACUGGUCUGAAUAAAAAUCUAGGGUUUACACCAGAAGACCGAGAAGAAAAUAUUCGACGUAUUUCUGAAGUUGCUAAGUUGUUUGCUGAUGGUGGUAUUAUCUGUAUUUCCAGUUUCAUCAGUCCUUACGCCAAGGAUAGAGAAGAGGCCAGAAGACUUCAUGAAGAAGCUGGGUUGAAUUUUUUUGAAUGUUAUGUGAAUACACCUAUUAAUAUCUGUGAAGAGAGAGAUGUGAAAGGACUCUACAAGAAGGCCAGGGCUGGAAUAAUUAAAGGGUUUACUGGAGUUGAUGCAGCCUAUGAAGCACCUGCCAAUCCUGAUGUUACCCUAAAGGCUGGUCAUAUCUCGGUUGAUGAAUGUGUUCAAGAAGUUGUUACUAUCCUAACUGAGAGGAAUAUUGUACCAGCAUCAGCUGUACGAGCUGUUAAAGAAUUAUUUGUACCAGAAAAUAGAGUAGAUGCUGUGAAAGCUGAAGCUGAAAAAUUACCAUGUGUUGAUAUAUCAAAGUUGGAUUGUCAAUGGACACAAGUUUUAUCUGAAGGAUGGGCCACACCCUUAAAUGGUUUUAUGAGAGAGAAAGAGUAUCUACAAUGUCAACAUUUUGGGUGUCUAUUGGAUGGGGGAGUAACCAACCUAUCUGUACCUAUCGUGCUUCCUGUUACCACGGAAGAUAAGAAACGGCUAGAUGGAUGUCAUGCGUUUAGUUUACGCUAUGAUGGAAGUUAUGUGGCUGUACUACGAAAUCCUGAGUUUUAUAAACAUAAUAAAGAAGAGAGAUGCUGUAGACAGUUUGGUACUAGUAAUGGCAAUCAUCCUUAUGUGAAGAUGAUCUAUAAUAGUGGAGACUGGUUAGUAGGAGGAGAUUUAGAAGUCUUACAGAGAAUAAUCUGGAAUGAUGGGCUGGAUGAAUAUAGAUUAACACCUAAAGAACUACGCUCACAAUUUAGAGAAUUAAAGGCUGAUGCAGUGUUUGCUUUUCAACUGAGGAACCCGAUUCACAAUGGCCAUGCUCUAUUGAUGAAAGAUACCAAACGGAAAUUGUUAGAGAGGGGAUAUAACAAGCCUGUAUUAUUGUUGCAUCCAUUAGGUGGUUGGACUAAAGAUGACGAUGUACCACUACCAGUGAGAAUACAACAGCAUCAAGCUAUUCUAGAAGAAGGUAUAUUAGAUCCUGAUUCUACAGUACUAGCUAUAUUUCCUUCACCCAUGAUGUAUGCAGGUCCUACAGAGGUUCAAUGGCAUGCAAAAGCUAGAAUGUGUACAGGCGCUAAUUUCUACAUAGUUGGGAGGGAUCCUGCUGGAAUGCCACAUCCAGAUGGCGGAAGGGACUUGUUUGAUCCAACGCAUGGUGCAAAGGUAUUAACAAUGGCGCCAGGUUUAACACAGUUAGAAAUAGUUCCAUUCAGAGUAGCAGCGUAUAAUACCAAACUCAAGAAAAUGGAUUUCUUUGAUCCAGAGAAGAAAGAUGACUUUGAUUUCAUAUCUGGAACCAAAAUGAGAAAAUUAGCCAGAGAGGGUCAAAAUCCACCGGACGGUUUCAUGGCGCCAAAAGCAUGGAAGAUACUGUCUGAAUUCUAUCAGUCUCUAGCGAAAUAAUGAUUAGUUUUCAUGGAAAUCUAGAUUGUGCUUUUUUAUAUAUUAAUAUUAGAUUGCAAUUUAUUAUAUUAAACCACUAAACGAUUAUACCACAUUAAUUUUAUGUCUGAUUGAUGAAAUCUACCUAAUUUAUAAUUUAUUUUGGUUUCAUUUGUUUUAAAGUUACUUACAGAAAGUUUAAUCAGAACCAACGAGAUAAUGAUGAUGAAAAUUUACCAAUAUGAACUUUGAGGUCAAAGCGCACAUAAAUCCUAGAAACUCGUGACCUAUUUUUAAUUCUCAAUAAAUGAAUUUAAGUUUUUAUUUUUAGUGAAUGAAGUGAAAUUUAAUCAAGAAAUUAAAUAAAGUGAUUGGUUGAUUAAACAAAAUUAAUGAUUGACAAAUCAGAUAUGAGUUUUUGAGAAACGGCACGGGGACUUAAAACACCUGUCCUAAAAUAUUGGACAAAGUUCGGACAUAAAAAUAAUGUGAUGUGGGGAAUAAUCAUGGUCUCUUUGUCAACAUUACUCUUUGCAUGAAUUUUACUCAAAACUGGGAACAAACUCACAUUUCAAGUUAUAAUUUAUGAUUAUCAUUCAUGAUAGAUUUUAUUUUAAUGCUUUUAAUCUUAUUUUAAAGUCAAUCCAUCAGCUAUUUUGAAUUUGAUUAAAAUACAGAUGGAGAUGUUUUAUUUCAUGCAUCUUCUGUUGGUUACUGCACUAGUCAUAAAUGAUUCGAGAAAUCAAGUUGAGUUAAAAUUAGGACCACAAACAUGUGUCGUAACCUGUAGAAAACAGAUUGAGCUAAAUUAGGUGCAAUAUAAUUUAAAUGAGGGAGUAUUAAUUUUAAUUGGUGAACCUGUGAUUUACAAUGAAUUACAUUUUUUAUUUUGGGUCCAGAGCUGGGAACAAAACUAUUCAUAUUAAAUAUGUGAAGACGUUCAAUUUAUCUGUAUAUCUUUUGAGAAAUGCGAUACUCAAUUUCCAAAGAAUGCCUUCAUACUUUCAUAUAAUUAUGCAAAUUUUAUAAAAAUGCUAUUUAUUAUUUAUGCUAAAGUGAUAAUUAAAGUAUUAUGUUAAUUAAAAUGGAAAUGAGUUAUUAAAAUGGUAUACCGAUUUU